AUGACCGGGGCAUCGGCGGGCGGCGUGAUCGCAAGACCCGGAGAGGCGGUUCACACUGCGGCGCCCCCGGGAGACCCUCCGAUCGGGUCGUUCACGCCUGAUGAGCUACGUGAUAUUCGCGAAUACAACAAACUGUUGCAGUUCCGCGACGAGAUUAUCAGCGGCCAGCACCCUCGCAUCAAACUAGCCCAUCUUCCAGGGAAGACCGCCCAGAAGGCAUCUCUCACGCCUGCGCCGACUUCUACAUCCGCGGCAUCCCCGACAGCUUCACAGCCUGCCACCGCGAAACGCGCUGUAAUUGGCAAUGGCAAUGCUCGGUCUCAGCAAACAAACCAGCUGCGGGCUCAGGGAAACACACCUCCGGGUGUCCCCGGCCUUGGUAUACUGUCUUCGAGCGUUCAAGCAUCCGGGCCCGGAAAGCCUGAAAUCAAUCCAGUGCUUCUAGAAAAGUCUGACGAUCUGGUCAAAGCCGAGAUUCAACUGCAGCGACAGCGCGUGGAGCGCAGUCUGAGGGAACAGGUCGAGCAGCGCCGUGGCGCGACCAAGGCGUCAGACCAACUGGCUGAACUUGACGUUGCCGACAUCAUGGCCAAGGCUAUGUCGCUAGUUCUCGCGACUCCCCUAGCCCAGUCUACUGACGACACACCAGCCGCUAAUGCCACAGCGUCGAACGAGUCGGCCGACGAUGACACCUUUUACUCCAGCCGCCACGAUACCCCCGAGUCGAACAUGGCCUCCCGACUCCCCAACGAAUCCGAAGACGAAGAGAUGCGAGAAGAGUCCCCUUAUGAGCCCGCACUUGAUCUCGGUCCCGUCGUCCCACAGAUUCAGCCCGUCGCUGCUGUAACCGGAUCGGCUCAAAGCUUUUUAGCAAGCGGCCAAAUUCUCCCCGGCCUAUCGAUUCCCGGUGGGUCUACAACGUCGCAGCCAUCGCAAGUGCCUUCAGCACCGGCUGCGAUGCGCAAUGAGAUCUCGGCGGCCGGGCAUCCUGGCGGCGUACAAGAUUUUGCGAGGGUAAAUGACCGACACAACAACCAAGCUGCGGUGCGAGAGCCUACUUUGGUUCGGAGCCAUGACCUCUCCCCACUUGCUCCCCAACCUACGCAUCAUGUUAUGCCACAAGCCAUAGCCAGGGAGGCGCAUCUUGGCUCCUCUGAGCUCCCCAGCGGGCCCCAAGCCGCCCCCGCGCAAGUCGCGGCGUUACGGAAGCAAACCUCCAACGGAUCAAGCCCAGAGAGCUCGCCCCAUAGUAGCAAGAAUGCGGACAAGAAGAAGGGCAAGAAGAAGAAGAGAAAGGCAGACCGGCUCGCGGCGGACACAGCGGCAGCCUCUCCUUAUAUCAAGCCAGAGCCGCGUUCCCCUUCGCCGCUGACUCCUCAGUAUGCCCGCCCGAACAAGCGCCAGCGACACUCGCAGCAGCAACCGGUGGAAAUUCAAGAUGAUGAGCCCAGGUACGAACAGCCCGUGCCGGCUGAGGAAAGCUACGAUGCGCGCUACCAGCCUCGAGUUGUCAGGCAAGAGCGGGUUGUAGGCUACGAAAGGGCUGAUGAGUAUCGCCCCCACCAUGGGGAGGAACCCUUGGUCAUCACUUCUCCGAGAUACGAGAGGAUUUAUUACGAUGACUACAGAGCGCCGCCGCCGCAGAGCGGGUACCCAGCUGCAGGCCCAGAGCCAGCGCAGUAUGUCUCUAGAGAAGUACGUACCGUGCGACCUGCGCCCCGCGUCGUAGAGAGUCUGUAUGAUGACGGGGCUACUUACUACCGCGAUGUUCGCGCCUCGUCAAGGAUGAGUGUCCGUCCUCCCGCGCACCCCGACCGCUCGCAAUCGCCGGUAGCUUACGAGCGCCCAUCUGUCGCCAUGCCUCCACCGAGGGCUGCGCCUCGCCGCAUCAUCGUCGACGCCUUCGGCCGUGAGUAUCUUGAGCCGAUCCGCCCAGCCACCGUCGUUCGAGAAGAGGUCGUGGCUGAGCCCAGAGGGGCUUAUGAACGGGCUGUUCCCCCGCGCGCGGUCUCACACCGACCUGAACCGUUAGAUGACGAUACAUUGCUCUACCAUCCCACAUCUCCUGUUUACACAGCACCGAGGCGGGUUGUCACGCAGCCUGAGUAUUCGUACCGGGAAUCUGCCGUAGCUAGCGGCGCCAUGCCGCCUCCGCCCGUUGAAUAUCGGACGGAGCCCACAAGAGAGUACAUUUCCCGGCCGUCGAGCGUCCGGCCACCCAUGGAGUCCAUCCGCUACGAUGCUGCUCCUUCGGGCUAUGAACGUGUCCCGGCUUUCCUGGACGAGCACCCACCCUCGAUGGCGCCUAGGGAAUAUUACCGCCGUCCGGCCAGUACCCGCCCAGUCGAGAGCCGCUACGUCGUACCGGUUGCCUAUGAAUCACCGGUACCGGCCCGCGAGUAUCCGCCCGUUGCCCACGCUCCGCUCCGCUCUGCUAGUGUCCGCCCAGCUUCGGAUGCCCCCGUUCGUUAUGAGAUUCCCCCCGAGUACGCCUCGAGUACUGUGCCCGGUGCCGCUGGCUCUGGCGCCUACUAUCAACAACAGGACGCGAGGAGAGACGCGAUCAUGCCGCCCCCGCCGCCGGGCAGGGCAUACAGUGUCAUGCCGGGUGACCAAAUUGCUAGGAGGGAGUUCCCCGCCGGUGGUGCUGGCGGCACGCAGGCGCACCCACAGCCGCAGCCCCAGCAGCCGGCUGAGAGGUACUAUGCUCAUCCCGGGGGCGCCUCGCAGGCGCAGAUAUCGGGAAGGGACGAUGAGGAGGUGGUGUUUUUGGAGAGAGGCCCUCGUGUGGUAAGGGAAUAUCGCUGA